AUGUCGCUGGUUUUCUUUUGCAUCGCUCUUCUGAUGACAUCAACGGCGUCGCUAGACGAAUGUUCCAUGCAGCAGUGCAGCUCAGCUUGCAGCUGCAAUAGGUACGUGCAGUGCGGUGGCAAAAUUACGGGAUCAAGCCAAAAAAUUUCGCUUCCUGCUGCUAACGGCCGUUACAGAAAAUGCGUUCAUUGUACUUGGAAUAUACGUGUUCGUCAACAAGACACGGUUCGGUUGCAUUUUGAGCAGUUUGAUCUCGGAGAAGGAGACUGGGUAAAGGUCUAUGACGGGUCCAAAUCAAAAGUAUCUGAAAUAAUCAGGUGGGACUCCUACGCCUCUCCUGUUGACGUCGUGUCGUCUGGACACAAAAUGGUAGUGGAGUUCAGGUCAAACGCAUGUGGAGAGAAGUCAGGAAUUCACGCAGUAAUGGAAAUAAACAUUUCGAUCUGUGAAAGACCUAGCAGUGUAGCAAAUGGAAAGGUGAGGUGGACUGAUUUCCGCCGGAAAGCCAUACAUUCCUGUUGUCCCGGAUAUGUCACAAUUGGUAAUAAUGCAACCCAAACUUGCGUCGGCAGUCGCUGGACUCCAUCAGACACAAUCACAUGCAAACGCGUGACGUCAUGUCCUCAAUUGCUUCCUCCAAACAACGGCAUCAUUGUUGGAGGAAAAUCUCCUCCUACCCACGUUGGAGCGACAGUUGAGUUUCAGUGUAACCUGGACUACAAUUUUGAAAAAGAAGCUUCCACAGUUCGUGCUGUGUGCAAGUGCACAAGAGAAUGGCAGUACACGCCGGUCAAACCAUAUUGCAAACUUUUUCAGUGUGGACCUCUUCCUCCAUCACCUCAGCCGGGAGGAUUCGUUCAAGUCAAAAGUCCACUCGUUCUGGGAACAGUGGCUACUUACAAAUGCUCAAAAAGAUUUGGUUUGGAUGGGAUUCCAACUGUUGUUUGUCAAGCGGACGGCUCUUGGUACCCUGUAAGGAAAAGUCAUCAUCCGCACCAAUGCGUAGCAAAUCUUACAACUUGUGAUGAUUCUUGUACUCCUGCAAACGGCAAGCAGAGAGUGGUCUCUUUCGCUCACAGCCAGUUUGCAACAUUUGGCUGUAACGACGGCUACGAACAAAAGGAUACGCAUUUGAGAACGUGCUUGAAGUCAAAUUCUGGCAAAACGUAUUGGAGUGGAACUCCAACAGUUUAUCGAUUUAAGAAUCCUUCUCAACUGGCAGGUCAGUUCAGAGAAGGGUUUUUGAAUCGAACAGUCAAAUGCAACAACAACAAGAACUCUUCCAUAGAUUCUUCGCAAUCUGGUAGCAACGCAACCAAAAGCUCUAACGAGGGCUUGUGCAGAGGACGUUCUGUGGUCGUUGGCGAGGGAUGCGUUGAUCUCAUCUUCGCCAUUGAUUGCUCUAAAAGCAUAUCUGAACAUAACUUCAACUUGAGUCUUGCAUUUGCUGCUCGAUCUGUCGCGAUGUUUGACAUCUCAGCGGAAAAGACGACAGAAGAGACGGUUGAGGCCAUUCAAAGUGCCAGAUACUGUGGUGGCGCUACUGCAACUGGUCCGGUUUUGAAACACAUUCGCACAAAAAUCUUACCUCAGAGUAAAUCCGAUUGCAAAAGGGCGAUUUUCCUACUGACUGAUGGGAAGAACAAUUGGGCAGGGGAUCCUAGUGAUGAGGCGGAGCAGCUCAAGAACAUUAAUGGUACUGAAAUAUACACGAUCGCUUACGGAGAUAGCGAUUUGAACUGGGAUGUCCUGAGCCGUCUUGCUUCAAAGAAAGAGUACUUCUUUGCUGUCAGAGAACCAAUUACUCUGAGCAGUGUGGUACAACCAGCGCUCCUGACUGCAGAGCACGCGUCUUUGGCGGUUGCCAUUCGUCCAGAUGAGCUUGGCCGUUUCUUGUCUCGAUCUACACUCGUCAAAAUGGAACUUGGAUAA